AGAUGUCGUGGCACCCACAGUACCGCAGCUCCAAGUUCCGCCAUGUGUAUGGCAAGGCUGCCAACAAGGAUAAGUGCUACGACUGUGUGCCCAUCACCCGCAACGUCCACGACAACCACUUCUGCGCCGUGAACCCCAGCUUCAUCGCCGUGGUGACCGAGUGCGCGGGCGGCGGCGCCUUCCUUGUCAUUCCCAUCAAGCAGACAGGAAAGCUUGACCCACAUUAUCCCAAAGUGUGUGGGCACAAAGGAAAUGUUCUGGACAUCAAGUGGAACCCAUUCAAUGACUUUGUAAUAGCUUCAUGUUCUGAAGAUGCCACAGUUAAAAUCUGGGAUAUCCCCAAUCAGUUGCUAAAAAGAAACAUUACCACUCCGAAGAAAGAACUUCUUGGGCACGCUCGAAGAGUCGGUCUGAUUGAAUGGCACCCCACAGCUGAUAACAUUCUCUUCAGCUCUGGCUAUGAUUACAAGAUAAUGAUCUGGAACCUUGAUGUCAAGGAUGCUGUUCUUUCAAAGCCAGUGAAGAUUCUUGAUGCUCACAAAGAUGUGGUCCUCUCCAUGUCAUUCAACACAGAUGGCAGUCUCCUUGCCACUGCUUGCAGGGACAGAAAGAUACGUGUGAUAGACCCUCGUGCUGGAACAGUGCUACAGGAAGGAAGCUACAAGUCUCACAAAGUAAAUAAAGUCUUAUUCCUUGGAAACAUGAAAAAGCUGUUUUCUACUGGAACGUCUUGGUGGAAUAAUAGGCAAAUUGCAUUAUGGGAUCAAAAUGACCUUUCUGUGCCUUUACUGGAGGAAGAUCUGGAUGGCUCCUCAGGACUACUGUUUCCCAUCUAUGAUUCUGACACACACAUGCUUUAUGUGGUGGGAAAGGGUGAUGGAAACAUACGGUACUAUGAGAUAAGCCCUGAGAAACCAUACCUGAACUACCUGAUGGAAUAUCGUUCUCACUCACCACAGAAGGGAAUAGGAAUGAUGCCAAAGAGAGGUCUUGAUGUGGCAGCUUGUGAAAUUUUCCGUUUCUACAAACUGAUUCCAACCAAAAGUCUGAUUGAGCCCAUCUCCAUGAUUGUGCCUCGACGGUCAGAAUCAUACCAGGAAGAUAUCUACCCCUUGACUGCAGCAGCCCAACCGGCACUGACAGCACAAGAAUGGCUCAACGGGAUUAACAAAGGGCCUCUCUUGGUAUCCUUAAGACCAGGCUCUGAAGUUGUGAAUUCCCUACCACAGUUUCUUGAGCCAGAGCCAGUCACAAAAGCUACUGACUUGAGCCAGCAACAGGGAGGGGGAGGAAGGAUGUCACUGGAGGACAAGCAGAAGCCAAGAGAGAUUGAAGAUAGCAGAAAAUGGCUGAAAGUGGAGGAGAAACUGCCAAAAAAUGAGCAAAUGUGCCUCUCCAAUGGCUUUGACAUAUUUGAGUGUCCACCACCAAAAACUGAAAAUGAGCUUUUACAAAUGUAUUACCGGCAACAGGAGGAGAUCCGCCGACUACGUGAGUUGGUAAUCCAGAGAGAUGUCCAAAUUAAACAGCUGGAGCUGGAGCUCAAAAAUCUCCGCACGAACACAGGCAAUUACUGA